UUUGGGCCUUUAGGCCGCGAGUUGUUUUUGUUUAAUCGGGUGGUGGGUGGAGGGAGAAGAAGACAGCCCUCUCUUGCGUUUUGCUGCUGCAGCAGCAGCAGCAGAAGCAGCAGCAGCAGACGUGUGCUGCUGCUGCUGUGCGAGGAAGAGUUUGAAGCCCUCGUGAAGCUGCUGCCUUGGAUUAAAACACAACUCAGUGAGGUUAAGAAACGCAUCUAA